UCCAUAUUGAUUUAAAAAAAAAAAGUUUUUUUAAUUGGUAAAGUGGGUUUUAAAUCUCUAUAUAAAGCUCUCUCACAGGUCAUUUCUUCUCAUCACGCUAGGAUAUUUACAAUCACAGGAACUUGCCACCUUUUCCUUCUUAGCUUCCCUAUCACUCUUUUUUCUUCUAUUCGAUCAAAUGGCUUCUGUUGAGGUUCAAUCAGCCCCUGCACCAUUGGCAGAAAUUAAAACAGAGGUUGAGGCGAGCCCCACAAUAGAGGAACCAAAGGUAGAGGAAGCCGAGGCUCCGGCUAGCGCCGAGGCAGAGCCAGUUUCUGAAAAGCCAACUGAAGAAACAGCACCAGAAGCCGAAGCCGAAGCCCAGCCGAAAGCAGAAGAAGCUGUUGAGACCAAGGAAGUCGUAGAAACAGAGGAGAAAACAGAGGAGGAAACAGAGGAACCAGUAACAGUUGAGGAAGCUAAGGAAGAGGUUCAAGCCGAGCCAGAAGAAGAAACUCUGGUGACUGAAGCCAAGCCAGAAGAAGAAACUACGGCGGCUGAAGCCAAGCCAAAAGACGAAACACCGGCUGCUCCAGUAGCUGAGGAAGCCGCCAAAGAGGUUGUGGAAGAAGCAGCCACCAGCAAUGAAGUUUCAGUUGAGAAAGCUGCCGAAGAGUGAAGUGAAGAAAUGGGAUGGUUUUUAUGAUUAAGGAUGGGUUAUGUUAAGAUUUUAGUAUUGUUUUUUUUUUCGGAUUUGCUUACUAAAAGUACUACUGCUAUGAAUUACAGUGAGGGAUAAUUUGUAAUGCUUGUCACUGUGUUGGGAGGUCACUGUGGGAUGGGGGUUUGUUUUUAUGGUUUGAAUGAAUGUGUCGUAUGGUGCUUUGAAUAAUAAAAAAAAAAACUGUUUAAUCUUUAUUUUCUUUCUUUGUUAUGAUGGCUGCCAAGUGUAUGUUUAUUAUCACUACUAAUUGCGUGUUAGAAUUGCUAUAGAGAA